AUGGGUCCCAAUCUCAAGAACAAGUCUGGCGUCAUCUACGGCGAAGAUGUUCGCACGCUCUUCAAGCAUGCCCAAGAAAACAAAUACGCCAUCCCCGCCAUCAACGUGACCAGCUCCUCCACCGUUGUCGCUGCUCUCGAAGCCGCCAAAGAUGCCAAAGCCCCCAUCAUCCUGCAGCUCUCGCAGGGUGGUGCCGCCUACUUCUGCGGCAAGGGCAUUGACAACAAGGACCAGUCUGCCUCCAUUGCCGGCGCCAUCGCCGCCGCCCACUACAUUCGCGCCGUCGCUCCCUCCUACGGCGUUCCCGUCGUCCUCCACACCGACCACUGCGCCAAGAAGCUCCUCCCUUGGCUCGAUGGCAUGCUCGAUGAGGACGAGAGGCAUUUCAAGGAGCACGGCGAGCCCCUCUACUCCUCUCACAUGAUCGAUUUGUCGGAGGAGGCCGUCGACUGGAACAUCAAGACCACCGCCGACUACCUCAAGCGCGCCGCGCCCAUGAAGCAGUGGUUGGAGAUGGAAAUCGGCAUCACCGGAGGCGAGGAGGAUGGCGUGAACAAUGAGAGCGUCGACAACAACAGCCUCUACACCCAGCCCGAAGACAUCUACGAGAUCUACAAGGCGCUCAGCCCCAUCAGCCCCUACUUCUCCAUCGCCGCCGGCUUCGGCAAUGUGCACGGUGUCUACAAGCCUGGCAACGUCAAGCUCCGCCCCGAGCUGUUGAAGAAGCACCAGGCGUACGUGAAGGAGAAGGAGAGCACCAAGGAUGAGAAGCCCGUCUUCCUCGUCUUCCACGGUGGCUCGGGCUCCACCAAGGAGGACUACAAGGAGGCCAUCUCCUACGGUGUGGUCAAGGUCAACCUCGACACCGAUCUUCAGUGGGCGUACACCGAGGGCAUCCGCGACUACAUGUACAAGAAGAAGGACUACGUCAGCAGCCAAGUGGGCAACCCCGAAGGCGACGACAAGCCCAACAAGAAGUACUACGAUCCCCGAGUGUGGGUGCGUGAGGGCGAGAAGACGAUGACGAAGCGUGUGCAGACCGCGUUGAACGACUUCAACACUGCUGGUCAGGCAUAA